AGAUAAUGAAAGAUCUUAUGUGGCUAGAAGAUCGGGUAAAUAAAUCAACAAUACAGCAAUGCAACAAAGCGGUUCGAGAAAUUAAGGUAUAUGGCCGUGACAUCCCAGAGAUCAGAGCUUCCAAAUCGGUUAUCAUGACACAAGGCACGCUCACUUACUGAAAUGGAGUUUUGGGCAUCCAUAACAUUGACAAUAUUUUCGCUAUGUCUGCCUUCUUCGUCUGCUGACGAUGUGGAACUUUCGUUGGUCAACAGACUCUUAAAGAACUAUGAUAAGAGGGUUCGUCCAUCUUUGAACUCGUCAGAAGCAAUAAACGUCACAUUCGGAGUGGCAUUAGCUCAAAUAAUCGAUGUGGAUGAGAGAAACCAAAUACUUACAACAAACUGCUGGCUCAAUCAGGUUUGGUUAGACGUUAAUCUGCGAUGGGAUCCUGACAAAUACAACGGUAUCAAAGUGGUCCGGAUUCCUUUUACAGAUGUCUGGAAACCUGAUAUACUACUAUACAAUAAUGCCGACGUGACUUCUUAUUUUUCUUCAUUAAGUUCAAAUGUUAUCGUUACAAGUGAAGGCAACGUCACGUGGUUGUCAAUGGUGAUAUUCAAAAGUUCGUGCAGGAUAGACGUUCGUUACUUUCCUUUUGAUGAGCAAAAUUGCUCGAUGCAGUUUGCUUCGUGGACUUACGACGGUUUCCAGCUGCAGCUGCGCAUGAACUCUGAAGAAGGAGAUAUCUCCAACUACAUCCGUAACAGCGAGUGGGUCCUCAUUAAGCUUCACGUUGAAUGGAAUUUAGUCUACUACUCUUGCUGCAUUGAACCUUAUCCGGAUAUCACUUACUAUAUUCAAAUACGUCGUAGACCUUUGUUUUACGUCUUCAACAUGAUUCUUCCCUGUAUUCUCAUUACGUUAGUGGCUCUCCUUGGUUUCUAUAUUCCAUCGGAUUCUGGCGAGAAAGUUACCAUGGGUAUUACAACACUGCUGUCCAUGACAGUAUUUAUGAUGCUUGUUGCCGAAAAUAUGCCGCCCACGUCAGACGUUUUGCCACUUAUUGGUAUCUACUAUGGUAUCACCAUAUCAAUUGUAUCAUUUGCCACGGCCAUGACAGUAUUCACCUUAAAUAUUCACCACAAGGGAGCACGUGGACACGAAGUCCCCAUUAUCAUCAAGAAGAUCUGUUUCGGUAUUUUAGCGAAGAUUUUCUGCAUGCGUCUGGAGAAGCCUAACAAUAAGUCAUCAAACGUGGCUCAUCUAUCCGAUAUGUCAAGUUCCAGCGAGAUUCCAGAGAUGUUUGUGCCGUGCGCCUCCCAGUCUAACUCAUCCUACAUCAGAUUCAAACUGUCUAGCCAAGAAGAGAGCGAUCAGAACGCAAAGCCACUACUGGAAAUGAAUCCCACACUUAGCCAGCAACAAUCGAUGAUUCGAGAAACACGCUUUCACGGGGAUCUAGAAACCAGCAAUGGCGGUAUUCUGUCGCCCAGAUUCAGUCGGCUGCGCGGUUUGCAAAGUCGCUUAACGUCGCCCACACACUCAAGUGAUGACUUUGAGAGACAGUUCAAAAGAGUCCUUACAAAAGUAUAUCAAACGAUAGAGCGAAACGAAAUACGUCUCGCGGAACAAGACCGCAGAGAUGUUAUAAAAUUGGAAUGGCAGCAGGUGGCGCAGAUAGUUGAUCGUCUGUUCCUCACUAUCUUCGUAUGCGUUACAAUACUUAUCACCUGUAUUGUCAUGUUCAAAGCUCCUCAUUCAACUGAGAGUCUUAUCAGUUGACUGGUAUAAGGAUUUUUUUUUAAAUGGACAAAAUUCACAAUUAAUUCGCAGUGAUAAUGACUUGUGUUUGUUAAAGGUGGCAAUUCGGAUAAGUGAUAUAACAAAUGUGACCAUAUAUCUUGGAGUUAAAAACGGGACUAUUUGUUUAUUUUGUCGUUGAAUAUACAGAAUUAGUAAGAUAUUCUGAUUUCCUGCAAAAAGCGAAAUAGUUUUCGACUAUGUGAAGCUUACUAUAUGCAGCUAAUAUUGACAAAAUGACAAAUAAUAUACAGUGAUUUAAUAGAUAAUUAUGAGGGUUCUCCUCAAAAAUGUGACAUGAUAUUAGUCUAAUGUUUUAUUAGCAACACUGAAUAGUUGCUGUUUUUCAAAAAAAACAAAAAAAAAACCAGAAAAAACUAGUUGUAUGAAUCACUGACAAGCUGUACGAAAAUUAUUUUUUGAAAAAUAAUUUACAAAAAUUACGAAUAUCUUUCGAAUUUAAGAACUUUCUUACUUAAAUCUUAAUUUUCUAAUGAGUAUUAACUCUAUAAAAUUAUACAAGAUUUGAGGCUUUAAAAAUGAUUAGCGUUUACAUAUAUAUAUAUAUAUAUAUAUAUAUAUAUUAUUUGUGAGACACAGUGCUCUUACAACAUUUAGUUGACAAUCUCGUUUGUCCUGAGAAAUAUUGGUCACUACAGUUUGGUCACUCUAGGUAUACCCUUCGUCUUACAAUCUAUAUCAAACACUCAAUUUUUUGUCACUCGAUGGGAAUAUGUAUCGAUAAUGGGAACACAAGGAAGGAUAUCUGGUCAUGAAGAUGAAUCGAAGGUUGAAGAUAAAAUUUUAAAAUAUAUUGCUUUUCAUUAAAACAAACAAUUCAACUUAGAUUUAAAAUUCUAAAUAGAAUUCUAGACUUUGCUACGCUUAAAUCUUUCUUUAAAAUAUUAUUGAAAGAAGUUCUUUAUAUUGUUUAUAUAUUUUUCAUUUGUAUUAAUUAUAGACUUUGGAAUAUAUACCCCGUUAUUAACAAAUAUGAUAAUGUGAAAAUUCUAGGGGUUGUCUUUGUCACCUGCCUAAGAUAAAUAUUAUAUUAGCUAAUAGAAAUGGCGGGAUAUUUGUUACAAUUUCAGCAUUACAAUGAUGAUAAGCAUUUCCCAUAAUUACUUGGUUGGUGUAAAUUAUGCGCAAAAUCCCAAAUCUUUCUGAAUGAAAAAUUGUCGCCUACUGAUAAAAGCAAUCAUGACACUUAAACAGUUAAAAAGAAAAACACACGCACAAUUCAGAUACAAAGAGAUGUAUUCAUUCUUGCAUGAACACAUGUACGCAUGCACACGCGUACACUCAUUAUAAUCAAUAAGGUAUUAAUUAGAACGAAUUUAAUUACGAUUUACAUGAAUAUAUAGUCAAGCAAUGGCAGAAGCAUUCAGAUUCAAACAUUUAGCUAAACGAAAUCUAUUUAGAUAUUCAAUGCUGUAACAUACACAUGUAUGAGUGUGUACAUAUUUACCUGUACUCAGUCAUAUAUACAUUAAAAUAUGCUACACCAAAGGACUAAUAAUAUAUAACAAAUAAGAUAAAUUUUGAAAUUUGUGACUUGUGUUUCAAUGAUUUGUGUCUAAAACGUAAGUAUCUUUAGUUUAUAUCAGCCACAGAGGUAUUCUUUCUCCUCAUGUUGUAUUUAUAAAUUUACACUCGAAAUGGCUGCAGUAAAUUAAUGGAACUUUAAGUAGACUGUUAAUGUUAAUCCUCCAAACCGAAUAGAACAAAAUCAUAAUCGGUGUAUGGUGCUAAAAUUAAAGCUUGCUCACCCGCUUUGAGAGAAAGGCAAUCAUAACAGUCGGCAUGUAGCCAACAAUCAAUAUUUCUACAGAUGAAUUUAUUUGUUCUUAUGUACAUACAUGCCUACACACAUAUACAUGCAUACAUAUGCAUAUUCGUGGUUUGUUUUCUCUCUCUACCUCUCAAUAUCUAUAAUCUGUCUCAAUUUAAGAGGAGCAGUUUUAUUGCUCUCGAAAGUAAUUACUCGUCGUUAUAACAAAAACUAUUAUGAACAAGGAUAUGUCUUCCAAGUGGCCAAGAUUCGAGUGAUUUUACAAAAUCUACAGAAAAUAACCUGAAACAAUCAUUUGUUUUGGUCAAGCACAUGUAUAUAAUCCGUUCUAGUUCCAACUUUGUUUGCUCUUUGUUGAAGCAUUGGUAUCUAGGCAAAACAUAUGUACAUAAUUUGUUUGGGGCCAAGUUUGAUUCCUCAUUGUUUAGGUCUAUGUAAAAUUGCACAUUGGCAAGAUUAUAGAGCGUAGGUAGUACAACUUAAUCCAAAAUGUUAUUUCUAUUGACGACCAGAGACGAAAAAGACAAUUAAACAUACAUUAAUUACACUUUAUAUAGCAAAUAUUAUAGACAGUUUACGUUAAUGUGUUUGAGCGAAUCUAUAAAUGGAGAAAUAUGC